CUCUUUUCUCAUUCUUCUUCUCAUGCUUGAACAGAAUGAGCGAGUUUUGGGGAAGUAAAACCUUCUGUGUCGUAACCGGGGGUAGUCGAGGGCUUGGGAGGUCAAUCGCGGCUGAAUUUAGCAAACGGAUUUCCCCAGGUUCCACCCUCAUCCUUUUGGCUCGCACGCUUCCAGCCACGGAUGACACGAAAGGUGAAAUCCUAAGAGUCAACCCAAACUGCAAAGUCCUCGGGUUGGGGAUGGAUUUAAUGAACCCGGACAUCCCCAAAUUUGAAGCAACUCUACAGAAAGCGGUCGGAGAUGCCACGUCCACGUUUGACCAAUGUGUCCUCGUCCACUGUGCCGGGACGACGGGUGAUUGCACCAACAGGACCGUGCAAUACACGAAUUUCUCCGAGAUCCAAUACUUUUUCAAUUUGGAAGUCACAUCCAUGCUGUUGCUAACAUCCAGCUUUGUCAAAUUCUUCCAAGGGUAUGCCAAGCACACGACCGUGAUCCAGCUGACCACCGAGCUCACCCCGUUCCCGCGAGGGGGCGUGUAUUGCGCAGCCAAAGCGGCGAGAGACUCGCUCAUGAGGAGCAUCGCGUUGGAAGAGGGAGAGGCCGUGAGGACGCUGAGCUUUAACCCGGGCAGCUGUGACACGGGCAUGAUGGAUGACGCUAUCGCCAGCUGUACCGACCAGCCGACCCGGCAAGUUUUGCUGGAUAUGAAAAAUAGUGGCAAACUUUUAAAACCGGAGGUGCCAGUGGGGAAGUUGGUUCAAAUUUUGGAAACAAAUGGGUUCAUUUCUGGACAACAUUUUGAUUAUGAAGUGGUUAAAGAUUAAUUGAGAAGGCAUGGAUUUCCAUUGAUUUCACGCCCAAAUUUAUAAACAGGAUUUCAUUCAUAAGAGAGCAAUUUUUUGGUGGCAGAAAUGCACUACGCUAUUCGGAAAAAAUUACAUAUUUCGUCGGCUUAACUUCUAGGACACACUUUACAUACAUAUAUAGAAGUCAAUUGAAUAUACAGGGUGGUUUAAAUGUCACGCUUCAGUGGAAAAUUUUUCGAUGGGAAAAAUUCACAAAUUUCCAUUAGUCACAGAAAUUUUGUCUCUAGAA